UGUUUGAUAACGCAAAGAUGGCCGAACUUCAAAUGGAUUGUGCUCUCGACCUAAUGCGUCGCUUACCCCCACAGCAAAUCGAAAAAAAUCUUAUAGAUUUGAUCGAUUUGGCACCAGCACUUUGUGAAGAUCUUCUCUCGUCUGUUGAUCAGCCGUUGAAGAUCGCGAAAGACAAGGAAACGGGCAAGGACUACCUACUAUGUGAUUAUAACCGCGAUGGAGAUUCAUACCGUUCUCCAUGGUCAAACACAUACGAUCCCCCAUUGGAAGAUGGUUCGAUGCCAUCAGAACGACUACGCAAAUUAGAAAUUGAAGCGAACUACGCAUUCGAUCAAUAUCGAGAAAUGUACUACGAAGGCGGAGUGUCAUCAGUUUAUUUAUGGGAUUUACAGCACGGCUUCGCUGGGGUUAUACUUAUCAAGAAGGCCGGGGACGGAAGUAAGAAAAUUCGGGGCUGCUGGGAUUCUAUACAUGUCGUAGAAGUGCAAGAAAAAAGCACCGGUCGUACAGCCCAUUAUAAACUCACAUCAACAGCCAUGUUGUGGCUUCAAACGAAUAAACAAGGCUCAGGCACAAUGAAUCUGGGCGGAAGUUUAACGCGACAAGUUGAACAAGAUUGGAAUGUAAGCGAGUCGUCACCACAUAUUGCCAAUAUCGGCCGAAUGGUCGAAGAUAUGGAAAACAAAAUCAGAAAUACGCUGAAUGAAAUCUAUUUCGGUAAAACAAAAGACAUUGUGAACGGUUUGAGGAGCAUCCAGUCGUUGGCCGAUCAACGACAGCAAGCGGCAAUGAAGCAAGAUUUAGCAGCAGCCAUUCUAAGGCGUAACGUGAAGCCAGACGGGAACUGAAACGAUAUAGAGUUUUCGUCUGAUAGUUUUUACGAUACUUGAACAAGAUAUGCCCUUUUUCGUUUAACUUUAUUCUAAUUGACCUUAACCUUAACAUUCAUCGUAAUCGCACUCUUCCGUACAAAAGGACUUAGUAUUGUUCCAAUGCCGAGCCGGACCACGAAAAUAUGCUAUAGGGAGGUUGCAAAUUAUCACGAGUAUUAGAGAUGUUUCCGCAGUUCUCAAAAGAGUGAGGUUCAUUGUGAUUUUGAUGGCAUAUACGAGCGUUUAGAUUAUCAAUACAGGUUGAAUUUGUCACAUUAAGUUUUUAAAAUGAAUAUUAAUUUCAUAGUCGCAUUUCGUCCUUUUUAAAGUAAACUAUGCAAUUGUUUCUUUUAAUUUCUCUUAUAUUAACAGAUUAUCAUAUAAGUGCUCGCUUUUUAUUACUUUCUAUUUAUGAUAGGUACCCGAGUCUGUCUGAUUAGCUUUUUGUGCUGCAUUUGCUUUUAUUCUCUUUCCACCUUUUUUUUUUCAAAAGAAGAAAAUAUAUUUUACUUUACCUAUAAAUAUGAAAAUUAGAGAAACUAAAUAUAAAAUAAAAAACAUUUUUAAGAAAAAAUAUAUAAAAUAUAUAAUAUGCGU